AGAAAAAAGAGGGAACAAAAGGUAAAUAGUGAAAAAGUUAUUAUAUAAAAGAUUUUUUUAUAUAAAAAAGCUGUCCACUUUUUAUUGGCUUUUCUCUCCCACACAACCAUCAAUUCCUUUCACACUCUCCUCCUCUUUUGAGUUUCUCUACAACCAAAAAAACUCAUCAUAACCUCCUUCCUCCAUCUCCAUUCCUCUCUCUCCCUCUGAACCACUACCUCUUCCUCUCUCUAUCUCUGACAUGGAUUCCGGCAAUAGUAGUAGCAUGCAAUCCUCAAGCGGCGGUGGUGGUGGAGGAGAUCAAGAAGAGUACGACUCACGCGCCGAUCAAUCAAUCUCUGCUUUAUUUAACCACAACAACAACACAACCACCGUCUCCUCCAACAUCGCCGUUCCAACACAGCUUGACACUCUCAUAGCUAACUAUUUCAACAGUGCUUGGUCAACGGAUAAUUCUCUCUGGUCGACAACGGCUACAAAGCCCACCGAGGGCUCAAGACCAGUACCACCGCCGAUCUCAUCAGAACAAGUCUUCUUCACAAACCCACUUCAACAAAAUCUGAGAACAGUUCCAAACACAAACACAAAUACAACUAGUCCCAUUUGUUCCGUCCCAACCGACAAGAAAAACGGUCUUGCGACAACACGAAAUCCAAAGAAGAGAUCUCGAGUCUCGAGACGAGCGCCUACGACUGUUUUGACCACCGACACAUCCAACUUUAGAGCCAUGGUUCAAGAAUUCACCGGUAAUCCUUCAACUCCUUUCACCGGAUUAUCGUCAUCCUCUCCUUUUCCAAGAUCAAGAUUUGAUAUCUUCGGUUCUUCUUCUUCAUCCUCACGACCCAUGAAACCCUUUCCUCACAAACUCAUCUCUCCAUCGACGGUGAAUAAUCAUUACCUUCGUCCUUCUUCAGAGUACCAUCAUCAUCAGCAACAGAAUCUUCUCCUUAAUAUGAACACACAAAACAUUGCAAACCCUUUUCUCAGCAACCAAUCUCCCAACAACCCUUUAACGAAUCAAUCCCUUCUAUGUGAAAAGUCGAAACCUUCGAGCUUGAGAACGAGUAAUGGUUUUGGACACGUUAACGUUGGAACAAACUUUGAGGGGCUUCACAACAUUAUCGUCUCUUCAUCAUCAUCGAUGACACAGCCAACCCUAAAUACUAUCCAUGGAUCAGACAAGAAUACUGAAGCCGAACAUGAUAAUGAUCUCUUAAGAUCCAUCAAUGAAGAUGAUCAAUCCAUGGUGCAAAGAUCGGAUGGUUACACACUACCUGGUGCUUCUGGAUCGGAGGUGAGAAAUGAAGGUAUGGUGGAAUUAUCAUGGAUCUCUUCUUCUGAUUAGAUGCAUCUAACACUUCUACAUUAUGGUCGUAUUUAUUGUUACUUACCAUAAAAAAAAUGGAUUAGAAAAUCUUAGCGAAAGAUAUAUGAUGAAUGGAAACAUUAAUUAGUGUAUGGAAAGAUUUUGGAAUCAUUUAUGUUCUAAAGAGUCUAUAUGAUCUAAUAAACAAUGACUUUCUACAUAUUCGAACAAUGUUUUUUUUUUUCUUUUUCUUCAAAGGUUAUAUCCGUUUUAUUCCUUUUUAUUGGACUGGAUGUAUAUAUAUGUGAUUUUGAACAUCGGCUCAUAUAUAGAGGCAUGAGAUUUUG